ACUGGAGAUUAUUAAAUACAGAAGAACAUUUAUACAUUUGUGUUAUCAGGCCACAAACUGCUGCCCCUGAGGCUCUAACCCGUUGAGGAAAUGGCAGUUUCCGACCGUCUCUCUUUGAAGGCUACAGGUCCAUUAUUGCUUCAUCCAUUCCAAAGCGGAUAAAUGUUUUCACUACCGAUGUGUAUUGAGCAUGCAGAUUCCAUUAAAAACCCUUUAAAGAGACAUGCGGCCGCUCCACCGUCCCAGGUGUGAUGCCUUCACACCUCCACCGGCCUGCAGACGUCUGAAGUUGCUCCACGGCCGCUGCAGCGCCAGCCGGCACUGAUGGUCGCCCCAUUCACACAUACAGGCAGCACCACCUUUGAUCGCAGGAGGAUUUAACCCCAGCGAGCGCACAGGUCUCAAACUCAGUCAGUUUGAAGUGAGACGUUGAGGAACAUGUCUUCUGUUCAUGGGAAUAUGCGCGUCGGGGAUCUGAAUCAUUUCCAGAUGUAUCACGAAGGAGCUCUGCAGAUGAACAGCAUGGUGAACUCAGAUUACGGAGCGUCAGAUGUUACAAACUACUACAACUCUGCAAACUCUGUACCGAGGGCGGAUAAAUGCGUGGCAAUACUAACCCACAGGCGGAAGAGGACCAACUUUACCCAGCAGCAAAUUGAGGUGCUGGAGAAAGUUUACUCAGACACUAAAUAUCCUGACAUCUACCUACGGGAGAGACUGGAGGCUCUGACCGGGCUACCGGAGUCCAGAAUUCAGGUGUGGUUUCAGAACAGAAGGGCCAAGUCUCGUCGCCAAGUUGGCUCAUCAGUGUCAAUGAAGGUCGCCAACCCGCCAGCAGCUGGCCCCUUCAGCCAACUCCAGAGCAGGAUGGGACCAGAGAAAGUUUAUGACAACAAUCAUGGAACUGAGGCACACAGGAUAGGAGGUUUCCGCCUGGAGGACAGUUUCAGACCUACAAUGCACCAAAACACAGAGGACGCUCACAGAACCAGCAUACCCACCAAACCCGGCAGCUAUGAACACACAUCCAUCUCCUGCAUCUACGACAAGGAGGGAACCAGAGUGAAACCUGAGCAGAUGCAGCGACACGAGCUGAGCGUUAACGUGCCAUGCUGCAACGUCCAUCUAUAUCCCAAGGAGAAUGAGCAUCACCCCAAGAUUGAAGACAGCAUGACUGGCAACCAGGGUCCAAAGGUUCUGGUGGAAUACGACAAUUUCCCACCUAACAAGACCAUUGGACCAGAGAUGAAAGUUGUGAUUCCUCCUAUCCCGACCCAGAAUAACUUCAGCAGGUCAUCACCUAAGGAAAAUGGAUGCCAAAUCCAGUAUCCACGAAUGAGGGCCACAGGGGACAGGUUCAGUCACUUCUCCCCGAUCCAUGCCACUGAGGCACAGGACUUUACGGACUCAGACUCGGACUGGGAAAACGAGGCCAUGGCUGGCUUUGGUGGCUUUAUGUGACGCAUCAUAAGAGCUGAUGUAAAGAAAGCUACAUGUAUCAUAAGAGGCAGUAUACGGUUCUUUGUUUGUUUGCAUAAAAAGAAA